UCAUACCUACCAGGAGCAACUCCAUUCUAGUCACUGCCGUUCUGGACGCGAACCUAAUUUUAAGGCCUGUUCACCCUUUCACUAUGGCUGAGAUUAGCGGUUCUAUGUUCCGGUUAAAAAGACAGCUAGAGUAUAGUCAUUUUCAGGCUGAGCACUACGUAAAGCUUCUCUCCCAACAGUCUGACGGCGAUAGGGAUCUGCAGGAGCAUAGACAACGCAUACAGGGCUUAGCAGAUGAGACCGCUCAGAGCCUGAAGCGUAAUGUAUACCAAAACUAUCGGCAGUUUAUUGAAACCGCGAAAGAGAUUAGCUACUUAGAAGGGGAGAUGUACCAGCUGAGCCAUAUCCUCACUGAGCAGAAGGGGAUCAUGGAGAGCGUGUCGCAGACUUUACUGCACUCAGACCGGUCGGAAGCCGCCCGUGAGCUCAAAGCUGCUUUCCAUGAGGAAGCCGAGGAAGGCAAAACAAGAAAUCUGACUACUUUGUUGGAGAAGGUGGAUGGAUGCCAAAAUUUGCUUGAGACGCCUGGCAGGUAUCUACUGUAUAAUGGAGACCUGACUGAGUUUGAUGUGGAUAAUAUGGUGCUUAUACAAAAAGUGCAUACAUUUCUGAUGAACGAUUGUCUGCUUAUAGCUACAUCAUUGCCAAAUCGAAGAGGAAUGUACAAAUAUAAUGCUUUGUAUAAUCUGGAUGAUCUUGCUGUAGUGAAUGUAAAGGAAAAUCCUCCUAUGAAAAAUAUGUUUAAGAUCUUGAUGUUUCCAGAGAGCAGAAUUUUUCAGGCAGAGAAUGCAAAAAUUAAGAAAGAAUGGCUAGAUCUUUUGGAGGAGACAAAAAAGAAUAAAAUGUUGAUAGAGAAAUGUAAAAAAGAAGAUCCACUGUGUUCUCCUACCAUGGUAGAGGUGUCAAGUAACCCUUCCUUAAAUGACAAGAAAACUACUAUAGAGGAAAAGGAAGAAAAGGUUAAUUUAUCUUUUGAAUGGAUUCAAGAGCUCCCUGACAAUUUGGAUGUCUGCAUAGCACAGAGAAAUUUUGAAGGAGCUGUUGAUUUGUUGGCUAAGCUAAAUAGUUAUUUACAAGAUAAACCAUUAACCUAUUCGGUGCAGGAUUUGAGAACAAAAGUAGACCCACGUCUAAGACAUCUAACUGAUGUUUUGGUGUUUGAGCUUUUACCAGACCGCUCAUUACGAGGAGGCCCAAAAGCGACACGCAGAGCUGUUUCUCAACUUGUGCGCCUAGGACAGUCAACAAAAGCAUGUGGCUUAUUCUUGCAAAAUAGAGCCACUGCAGUGCAUAGUGCUAUACGCCAACUAAGAAUAGAGGGAGCAACUUUACUUUAUGUACAUAAACUUUGCAAUGUUUUCUUUACCAGUUUACUCGAAACAGCCAAAGAGUUUGAGAUUGAUUUUUCUGGGAACAAUGGCUGCUACUCUGCGUUCAUUGUGUGGUCCUGUUCUGCCUUGAAAAUAUUUGUUGAUGCUUUCAGUAAGCAGGUGUUUGACAGCAAAGAAAGCCUUUCUACUGCAGCAGAAUGUGUAAAAGUUGCAAAAGAACAUUGUAAGCAUUUGUCUGAAAUUGGCUUAGAUCUGACAUUUAUAUUGCAUGCCUUUUUAGUGAAAGAUCUAAAAGCUGUUUUGCAAAGCAACAAAGAUAUUAUUAUUGAGGCCACAAAGCACCGUAAUUCUGAAGAAAUGUGGAGGAAAAUGAACCUUAUGACACCAGAAGCUUUGGCAAAAUUGAAGGAAGAGAUGCAGAAUUGUGGUGUGGACAAUUUUGAUCAGUAUACAGGAGAUGACUGUUGGGUUAAUCUCAGUUACACAAUUGUUGCUUUUACUAAGCAAAUAAUGUUCUUUUUGGAAGAAGCACUUAAAUUGUACUUCCCUGAACUGCACAUGGUUCUUCUGGAGGGUUUAAUAGAAAUAAUACUGGUAGCUGUUCAACAUGUAGACUAUAGUCUGAGAUGUGAGCAAGACUUUGAAAAGAGAGGUUUUAUAAGACAAAAUGCAUCUUUUUUAUAUGACACAGUUCUACCUGUGGUAGAGAAGAGAUUUGAGGAAGGUGUAGGUAAGCCAGCCAAACAGUUGCAUGAUUUGAGAAGUAUAUCCAGAUUGGUUAGAGUUAAUCCUGGUACAACAUCAAUUGUGUAGUAAUUUUCUUGUCUUUUAGGAAAUGUGCUCGCUAAUAAUACAUUGUGCCUGCUUUCUUCUUAGCUUUAAAGGGAUUCUGUCACCAAGUUUUAGGCUAUAGAGAUACGGACAUGCACGGCUAGAUCGCCGCUAGCAUGUCCGCAAUAUACCGGUCCUAUAGGGCUGUGUGCUUAU